AAAAUCUGGCUUGCAUCUUGCUUCUCAUUCUUUGUCUUUUUCUCUUUUUCUCUCUCUCGCCCUCUCUUCCAUUUCCAAUGCACCUUAAUCAUUCGACAAAUUGACUCUGAGAGAAAAAUACAAGAACCACACCACACUACUACUACUACUACUACUACUCAUUCAAUCUACCACAUUAUACACUCUUUGUGUUUGUUUUGCAAGUUAUUAUCAUCACCAAAACCCCCCCCAUCAAACAAACACCUUAGGUACUUACUUGUACUAUACUACUAUUAUUACUCUUCAAAAGUUACUACUACUUCUUAGUAGCUAUUGAAUUCAAUAGUAUUUUUUACUUGUUAGUUACAAUAUGCAAGUGAAAAUUCACUGUUCUGUUAUCUGUUAAUGCUACUCACCAACCCAUAUACUUCAAAUUUCCAUUUUUUUUUUUAAGUUUUUGCUUAUUAAGUGUUAUUGGUAUAUAUCCAUUUCAUUGCUGGGUCCGUGAUUUAUAUCAGAUGCGACUUGUGAUUCCUCAACUGGAGCUGGAUUCUCUAAACCGUGUUGAAAUAAACAACACUCUUUCCCUAUUGCUUUCUUAGUCUUCAUUUUCAGUGUCAACAACAUUAAAAAGCUUGUUUCAAGAUUCAAAGGUUGAGUUUUUAUUUUGUUUGGAAAAAGAAUGUCUAGGCCUCUACAUCGAGGUGUGUCUGGUAUUCGUGUACCUGACAGCAUACAUGAUGAUACAUGGGACUCACAAUCCAAAGACAAAUCAGAAAAAGAUGAUUUUGAUAAAAGGGGUUCUUCAGAUCACACCCCUUUAGCAUUGAGGUCUCCUUUAAAGUUGUUGUUUUCAGAUAAAGAGAAUGGUUUUACAUCUGAUCCAUUAAUUGUUGGAACACCAAGAAGCUGUUUUAAGUUGCUGUUGUUUUCAUUGAAGUUUAGUUUAGUUUUUAUAGUUGUUCUUGCUCUUGUUGGAUCUUUUUGGUGGACUUUGAAUUUGUCAGCUUCAUCAAGAGUUCGUGUUUAUCAUGGUUAUAGGAGACUCCAAGAGAAACUGGUUUCUGAUUUGUUGGAUAUUGGUGAGAUUUCUAGGGGUGUUUCAAGGUGGAAAGAACUGGAAUCUUGUUCUCCUGAAUUUGAAAAUUUUGUUCCUUGCUUUAAUGUUUCUGAUGAUAAUGGGUUUGAAAGAAAAUGUGAAUAUGAGCAGAGGCAGAAUUGUUUGGUUCUGCCACCAAUGAAUUACAAAGUUCCUCUUAGGUGGCCUACUGGAAAAGAUGUUAUUUGGGUUGCUAAUGUGAAAAUCACUGCACAAGAGGUGCUUUCUUCUGGAAGCUUGACCAAGAGGAUGAUGAUGUUGGAUGAAGAACAAAUUUCCUUUCGUUCAGCCUCUCAUAUGUUUGAUGGAGUUGAAGACUACUCACAUCAGAUUGCUGAAAUGAUUGGACUUAGAAAUGAAUCUUCCUUCAUACAAGCUGGGAUUCGAACCGUACUAGACAUAGGUUGUGGCUAUGGUAGCUUUGGAGCACACCUCUUGGACAGUCAACUUUUGACCUUGUGUAUUGCAAACUACGAGCCUUCUGGUAGUCAAGUUCAGCUUACUCUCGAGCGAGGCCUUCCUGCUAUGAUUGCUUCUUUUACUUCAAAACAGUUGCCCUGUCCAUCUUUAUCCUUUGAUAUGUUACAUUGUGCAAGAUGUGGCAUUGAUUGGGACCAGAAAGAUGGCAAUCUCUUGAUUGAAGCUGAUAGACUUUUAAGACCGGGCGGAUACUUUGUUUGGACAUCACCGCUUACAAAUGCUCGUAACAAGGAGAAUCAGAAAAGGUGGAAUUUUGUACAUGACUUUACAGAAAAUCUAUGCUGGGACAUGCUAUCACAGCAAGAUGAAACUGUAGUAUGGAAGAAAGCAAGUAAAAAGAGUUGUUAUGCUUCAAGAAAGCGUGGCUCUCGGCCUUUGUGUGGUAGAGGUUUUGAUGUGGAGUCUCCAUAUUAUCGCGAACUGCAAAACUGCAUCGGAGGAACGCAGAGCAGUCGUUGGAUUUCUAUUGAGAAAAGAGGAAAAUGGCCUUCUCGGGCUAAUUUGAACAAGAACGAGCUAGCCAUACAUGGAUUGCUGCCUGAUGAAAUUGCUGAGGACUCUGAUAGCUGGAAAGCAGUGGUCCAAAACUAUUGGUCACUUCUGUCUCCUCUAAUAUUUUCUGAUCACCCGAAGAGGCCCGGUGACGAGGACCCUUCGCCGCCUUAUAACAUGUUCAGAAAUGUGCUAGACAUGAAUGCUAAUUUUGGUGGCUUUAAUUCUGCAUUGUUGCAAGCUAGAAAGUCUGUGUGGGUGAUGAAUGUGGUCUCAAUAAGUGGACCCAACUAUCUUCCCUUGAUUCAUGACAGAGGUUUUAUCGGCAUUUUACAUGAUUGGUGUGAGCCCUUUCCGACGUACCCAAGAACAUACGACUUGGUGCAUGCAGCAGGGCUUCUGUCCCUUGAAUUUUCCCAGCCACGCAGGUGCACCAUGCUUGAUCUGUUUAUUGAAAUUGACAGGUUACUUCGCCCAGAGGGUUGGUUUAUAAUUCGAGACACAGUUCCUUUAGUUGAAUCAGCUAGAGCUCUAACAACACAGCUGAAAUGGGAAGCAAGAGUGAUAGAAAUCGAAAGUAACAGCGAGGAGAAACUCCUGAUUUGCCAGAAACCUUUCUUUAAGAGACAUGCAAGCUAAUUAAUUGAUGUUCUGAAGAAAUUAUACCAUAAUAAUAUACACAUAUUCAUUUCCAUAGUUAUCAUAAAGUUCUGCCAUACAAAGUGAGGAGUUGAAAAAGGAAGGGGAAAAAAAAAAAUAGAGGAUGAUACCGCCACAUCUCCUGUGUAGCCGUAAGGUGCGCAUAGGCUCGUGUAAUUAUCACACAAGCAACAGAGCUGUUGGCAAAGAAUCGGUAGAUUUAUUCUUUAUUGUGAUUGUGAUGUCUAAUUACUAAUUAGUUACCAUAAACAUAAAUAUUUAUAAGAUGAUAUAAUAAGUUGUUGUGGUGUAUAAAAUAUGUUCAAUGGUUAAUUCCACCUUAUAUUAUAGAA